AUGGCCUCACGCACAGCUCUCCGGAGCUUCUCUCGCUCAUUGAACCCCUCAAGACGCCCUGCCGCUUUUGUCCGCCCCUUCUCUUCCUCCAAUGCCCUCCGCAACACUACUCCCACUUCCGAUCGCCCUACCCACUUUGGCUAUGAGACCGUCACCGAGGGCGAGAAGCAGCAGCGUGUCGCUGGUGUCUUUACCAGUGUCGCCGAGUCCUACGAUAAGAUGAAUGACUUGAUGUCCCUGGGUAUUCAUCGCCUGUGGAAGGACUACUAUAUCUCUUCGCUCAACCCCGGUGCUACCAACCCUCCUGGCCAGCCCCAGCGCAUCCUCGACGUCGCCGGUGGUACCGGUGACAUUGCCUUCCGUCACUUACAGCACGCCCACGAGUUCAAUCGCAAUCCCAACGUGACAGUUAUCAUCUCCGACAUCAACCCCGACAUGCUGGCCGUGGGUCGCCAGCGUUCCCUCGCCCUCCCCGCAUCGCACCAGUCCGCGCUCUCUUUCCUCGAGGCCAAUGCUGAGGUCCUCCCCGCUCAGCUCGAGGACAACUCUCUCGACCUCUAUACAGUUGCUUUUGGCAUCCGCAACUUCUCCAACAUCCCUGCUGCCCUGAAGGAGGCUCACCGAGUUCUCAAGCCUGGUGGUGUUUUUGCCUGCCUCGAGUUCUCCAAGGUUGACAAGUAUCCCCUGUUCAACACCAUCUACAAGCAGUGGUCGUUCAGUGCCAUUCCCUUGAUCGGCCAGCUGGUCGCCGGAGACCGAGACAGCUACCAAUACCUCGUUGAGAGUAUCGAGAGGUUCCCUAGCCAAGUGGAAUUUAGGGACAUGAUCAAGGAUGCUGGCUUUGUUGUCGCUGGUGAGGGUUACGAGGACCUGACGGGCGGUAUCGCCGCCAUCCACAAGGGCAUGAAGCCCCUAUAAAGUGCUCAAGAAUAUACGCAUUAUGUAGUCUACUUUCAGCCCAGUCUCGGAAGCAAUGUUUUCAGGUUGGGCAUGACAGAAAAUAGCCAGUCAAUUGUGGCAGUGUACAAAUAGAAAGUCAUUCACUCCAAAGCACCCUCGAUCCUACCCCCUAAUCCAUCCCCCCAAGAAAUGCCAUCACCACAUUCACGUCCCCGAGAUGCAAUCAGGGCCCGGAAUGAUGUUUUUUUAAGAUUCUCUUCGCAACUGAACUCCAUACAGGUCAAAACUAAAGAAGCCAAACCCUCGAUGCCGAAGCUCGACGACU